CAAUGCAUGUCAGAGUUAUGUGGGUGAGAGAGUUUGUGCGUGUUGCAGACAGUUCUGGAGGUUAUUUUGAAAGUGACCCCCUCACUCACUGCCGCGGACCGCACACAGCUGUCGGGAACCAUGACACAAGAUGACGGAUACGGUUGUCGUAGAGGGACAAGUCAGACUCCGAGAGGGGAAAAAGUGGAAAAACAGAUGGGUGAUUCUUCGGAAACCUUCGCCGGUAGCAGACUGCCUGUCCUUGCUGGUGUAUAAGGAGCGUGGAGAGAAGAGUAAAGGACAGCGGGAGAGGAAUCAGGCCACGCUGAGGGAUAUCUGUGGACUGGAGGCUCUUCAGGGGUUUGAUGGAGUGAAUUAUGCGCUCAGUCUGCUCUGCCUGAGCCAGUCUGUCAUGCUGGGCUUCGACAACAGAGUGACUCUUCUGGCCUGGGAUGCUCGUAUUCGCUACAGCCUUGGAGAGGUUCACAGGUUUAACGUUAAUGUCCAGCCUGGCAGCAAACUAGAGAGUGGCCCCGCCUCCCUGCAUUUGUGCAACAAUUUGAUUGUGAUCGCCAGAGACCUCCCGCCAACUGUCAUCGGCCAAUGGAAACUGUCGGACUUAAGGCGUUAUGGCGCCGUUCCUAAUGGAUUUGUCUUUGAGGGAGGGACAAGAUGUGGCUACUGGGCUGGUGUUUUCUUUCUUGCAUGUGCAGAAGGAGAACAGAUCAGCUUUUUGUUCGAUUGCAUCGUUCGUGGCAUAUCACCAAGCAGGGGGCCGUUUGGACUGAGCCCAGUCCUGCCAGACCCCAAUGCGAACCCGUCAUCUAUAGAAGACAGGAUUAGCCAGGAGGCCAGUGAGCUAGAGAAACGACUCAGUAUGCUGUCGAUUUGCAGCCACCACAGCAUGGCAGCCUCCACCUUCAGUUAUGGCGCCUCCUUGGCAGGAGAUGAUCGGAGCAUCUCCAGCUCCUCCUCUGAGACCAGUCAUUCUGACAACAGCCUGGGCAGCCGCCUGGCGAUAUGGCCUGAGCCAGUCAGACACCCCACUCCCAUUGAACCACCAUCAUCAUCAUCACCACUGUUAGGGGUUGCAGGAUCUAAGAGUACAGCCUGUUCUGUCAGCACGUCCUGUGACGAGCGUCUAUAUGGAGUAAUGUUGGGAGGGCUUCGGCCCCCGUCCAAGCCACCUAAUCCUAGAGGCCUCCAAGAGGCGGGACGGCAGAGCUCAACAGACAGCGGCAUCGCCACCGGAAGCCACUCCUCGUAUUCUGGAAGCUUCUCCUCCUACACUGGUAGCGUGGAUAUUGGGCAUGGAGAGACUGAUGAGUUUGGAUCCUUAACAAGCCUCCCUCAGAACCCUAAUUCAAACUCAAUCUCCCUUCUCAACACUCCAGUACGGACAAUUCGCAUGAUUCCUGAGCUCAAACCCUGUGUGUGCCCACUCAAAGAGUCUGCUCAAAUGCAGGCCAUCAUGUACCAGGUACCCAGUCCACCUCUGCAGCAUUACGACAUCCCUCGCAGGCUCCUACUACAACAAUCCUCCAGUCAGGAACAGUUUUUGACUGCUGGAGCUCUGGGAUCAGAGGGUGUCCCUGCAGAUGCCACCCCCAAACAAACAGUCCAAUGGAGAUUCAACUGUUGUGGUGAAGGAGUUGCGCCCCAUGAAGGCUCCACCGCACCACAAUUACAGCCCGCCAUCUGUCCUGACUGUGGGGGAGGAAAGGUGGAGAAGAGCAGGUGUGAGAUCAGAAGCAGUUCUGAGCAGCAGAAUACUUUUCAUGAGACUUACGCAGAUCCAAAAGGCAAUUAUGAGCAGAUGGCAUUCAUGACUGAUGCAUCCAGGUGGCCACAGUUCAGAGCCGGAGAGUAUGGACAGACAGGACUGACAGUUAUUGACAAACUUCAAGGUGAUUCCAUUAACUAUGUGAAUAUCCCCAUUAGUCCAACGUCUAAACGACAGCUACACUAUAUGGAGUUGGAUCUGCAGGACCGUCCAGAGUCAAGCCACACUAUCAGAGUGGCCGGCUCCAGCACUAAAUACGCCCACAUUGACAUCACUGCUACUGAGACAGCACAGAGGGUGGGAGCCCAGCAUGCACAGGGCCGAGAGGAGAGACUACAGGAACUAGAACAGAAAAGGAGAGGAACGCUCACCUGAACAUGUAAUCAAAGUGGAGUUUAAAUGCCUGAGACCACCCUGAAUCUUUUUCUUCUUCAGUUAAAACUGGAAAUAGUGUUGUCACAAUUGUGAGCAAAUCUGUGAAAUUAACUUUUUAAAUUUCUUGCAUCCACUGAAGCACAAAA